AUGUGCCACCAAGCAUCAGUGGAGGUGAGGAUUCUUGGACCUGGAAGCGCCCCCACUGACAUUGUGGCCACUUUAGAUUCUCUUGGAUUGCACGUUUCAUGGAAUCCACCGUCAAUAACAAAUGGUCAAAUUAAGAACUAUAUCGUUUACUGGACAGCUGAUGAGCACAAGGAAUUAGCUCAUUGGAAGCAGGUGCUGGUGACUGGCAAUCAACUGCGGACAAGCAUCGCUGUUGAUAAUCAGACUGAUGCAUUCUUCAUCAGAGUACAGUCAAGUUCAGUGAAUGGUGCUGGAAUUGUAUCUGAUACUGUCACCUCGAAACCAUCAAUCACAGGUUCAUAUGUUUGA